AGUAAAUUCAAAUUCCAAUCAAAAGUUUCGAACCCUAACUUGUAAAAUCCCUAAUUCGAGAGAGAUAAAAGAUCAUGGAAAGUAACCUGCGCAGGGACGACGACGGCGAUGAAUUCCACGGUAAAGAAGCAACCACCGCGUCUUCGGCUCUUUCCUCGUGGAAACCUAGAAAGCUCCCAGCCUCGGCCCUGAAGAAGAAUCUCCUAAGUUUCGGAGGCGACGACGAGCAGAUAGCUCUCCGUGUGACGACGAGAAAGCAUAAUAACGAGAAAGACCGUGUCAAAUCCUCUUCGUGUCCAAGGAAAUACCGGCGGUGUGGGGACUACGGCGGCGAUGAAAUCGGCGGUGAAGAUGCUACGGCCGCGGUGAAAGUAGAAGAUGAACCUCUCCCACGUGUGACGAGAAUGUAUAAAAAGAGAGUGGAAUCUUCAUCUUCCUCGAACCAGGCUAUCAUAUCCAGGUGUGGCUUUUAUACGGCAGAGGAGCUGCUCGAGGACAUAAAGGAGGCACAUUGGUAUCGGCUAUCUCACCCUGAAGAUCCGCAUCCCUAUCAGGAUGAGAUUGAUGCUAUGAGAGCCAUUAAAAAGAAUAUAAGGCCGCCACCACUUCCACCAUGUACUUCUGUGGUAACUUUUAACGGUGUGAGAAUGAACAGCUCUUUUGAGAAACGUGCGUCUGUUAUCUUCUGUGAUGAAAACCCUACUGCGAGGAUCUGGAUGAUGGACACACUUUUGCCUGGUAACUUUUUUUCUUGAAUAUCUUCCUUCUUGAGAGUGUUUUUCUUGCUACAAUUCACCAAUUCAUAGUUAUGUCAUCUCUUAGUUUCCAUCUUUUGUAAUUGCUUUGCUUUGUUAAUUUUCUGCAUUUAGUUAGGGGUUUUAACAGGCAAUUCAAUUCGGCUGUUAUGUGUUUGAGGUGGUGGUGGAUAGUGUUUUCUUUUGCUCUGUUGCUUUUUUAUCAUGAAAAUGUUUGAUAAAGAUAUGUAACUGUC